AUGCUCGCCUCUGUCUUUCGCUCAGCCACCCGCUCGGCCCUCCCUAGAAUGGCCAUGGCCUCCUCCUCUUCCAUCACACCCAUGUACCUGCGCGCUGCCCCCCGCUUUGUGCGCUUCUCCUCCAGCAACACUCUGACCAAGAACAGUCCGGUCACCCAGUACGCAAGCUCCGAUCCCGUUGUCAAGUACACUGAGGAACACGAGUGGAUUGCCGUUUUCCCUGAUAAUGUGGCCUUCAUUGGCAUUACUGGCUACGCUGCUGAUGCUCUGGGCGAUGCUACUUACGUCGAGACUCUUGCAGCCGGUGAUAGCGCCGAGGCUGGUGACUCCAUUGGCUCUGUUGAGUCUGUCAAGUCUGCCUCUGAAAUUUACGCACCUGUUUCCUGCGAGAUUCUGGAAGGUAACACUGAUCUCUCUGAGAAGCCCAAUCUCAUCAACGAGGACCCCACUGGCAAGGCUUGGAUUGCCAAGGUUAAGAUCACCGAGCCUGAGCAACUGGAUGAGCUCUACACUUUUGAAAAGUACGAAGAGUUUCUUAAGAGCCACUAA